AUGCUCUUUUAUAUAGCUCUUCUCUUACCUUUUACGUUAAGUGAAGACACACCAAUUAAGCCCAAUCGUCUUCAUUUCUAUCGAAGACCACAACACACCCUUUCUCUCCGUUUGGAAGCCGGCGUUGAAAAUUUACAAGAGAAAGAACGUGAAGUCCGUGAAGUGAUGCAACGAAUUUAUGAUGAGAUGACUAUUUUUGUUAAUAAAAUGAAAGACCUCAAGAAGUUCAUUUUAUUGAGAAAAGUACUUGGAAUUUUUACACAAAGAGAGGCCGAUGCUUUUAGAAACUUUGUUUGGAUGUUUGAGUUCCUGAUUGAAAAACUUGAAGUGGAUCGAAUUACAGAACGACGGGUCUUUACAGCACUUUUAUUUAUAGAACCCAUGUUGGAUGUUUUUGAAAGUGAAGAGUCGAACCGUUUUAUCAGAGAAUUUUACGAAGUUAAACAUAAAAUAAGAGAGCACAUAGGGAGGGGUUGUUUUUCUGCAAUUCGUAUUAAAUGUAAGAUGGCAAGACACUUUGAGGAAAUAAGUAUCUAUUUUGAUAGAUUUAUCAAUGAUGUCAUUGAGUUGACUGAAAACCCACUGUUGAUCAAUUCAGUCAAUGCACAACAAGCAAAAGCAAAAAUGCGAAUGAUCUUAGAAACUAUCAACAAAAUAAAAACUGGACUUUGA